CCUCCCCAGUGCUGGGAUUACAGCUCUGCUUCUACCUAUGUUUAACAUUUAUCCAUGGUUUCUAUCUUUUCUGCAAAAGGCCUGAGUAUCAAGAGCUGUGACUUCCAGGUGGCAAAGAACAAUGAGGAGCACCACACGGGGGCCAUCAGCUCCCGGCGCCUCAUUGUACGCAGGGGGCAGUCAUUCACCAUCACCCUGCACUUCCGGUCCCCCGUCCAGCUGUUGCUGCCUGCCCUCAAGAAGGUGGCCCUUGUUGCACAGACUGGGGUGCAGGCUUCCAAGGGCAGCAGGACCCAAGCCACCUUCCCAGUUUCCGCUCUGGGGGAUCCAAAGUGGUGGAGGGCAGAGGUGGAGGAGAGAGAUGCCAGCUUCUGGACUGUCUCUGUGACCACACCUGUGGAUGCUGUCAUUGGCCACUACUCGCUCCUGCUGCAGGUCCUAGGCCGGAAGCAACACCUCCUGGGCCAGUUCACGCUGCUCUUUAACCCCUGGAACAGAGAGGAUGCCGUGUUUCUGCAGAACGAGGCUCAGCGCAGAGAGUACUUGUUGGACCAGAAUGGGCUCAUCUUCUUGGGCACAGCUGACUACAUACAGGAAGAGCCCUGGGACUUUGGCCAGUUUGAAAGUGAUGUCAUGGACCUCAGCCUGGACUUGCUGGGCGUAGACAAGCAGGUGGAGGAGUGGAGCCAGCCUGCACACGUGGCCCGGGUCCUGGGCGCCUUGCUGGACGCUCUCAAGGAGAAGAAGGUCCUGCCCACCCCGCAGACCCAGGCUGCCCAGGAGAGGGCCCUGCUAAGCAAGCGCCGGGGCAGCGCUCCCAUCCUGCGGCAGUGGCUCACUGGCCAAGGGAGACCUGUGUACGAGGGCCAGGCAUGGGUGCUGGCUGCUGUUGCCUGCACAGUGCUGAGGAGUCUGGGAAUCCCAGCCCGUGUGGUCACCACAUUCAGCUCUGCCCAAAACACUGGUGGGGGCCUGCUGGUGGACGAGUACUACAGUGAAGAAGGGCUGCAGGUCGGAGAAGGCCAGAGAGGCUGCAUCUGGAUCUUCCGUACCUCCACAGAGUGCUGGAUGAGCAGGCCUGAUUUGUGCCAGGGUUUUGAUGGAUGGCAGAUUCUAUACCCAAAGGCUCUGAGUGGAGGUGGAGUCUUGGGAGCCUGUGAUCUGGUCCCAGUCAGAGCAGUCAAGGAGGGGGCACUGGAGCUGAUGCCUGCAGUGGCAGACCUUUAUGCGUCGGUCAAUGCCUCGUGUGUGGUCUGGAAGUGCUGUGAGGAUGGGAAACUGGAGCUGACCAACUUCAACACCAAGUAUGUUGGCAACAACAUCAGCACCAAGGUUGUGGGCAGCAACCGCUGUGAGGACAUCACUCAGAACUACAAGUACCCUGCAGGAUCUCUUCAAGAGAAAGAGGUACUAGAGAGAGUCCAGAAAGAGAGGCUGAGGCACAAGAAACACAGCAGCAUCUAUCCCCCGAGUUGUGAACUGGAUGAUCCACUGUACCUGUUCUUGGAAGCGCCCCGCUUCCUCCCCCUGGGAGGGGACGCCCAGCUCUCAGUGACCCUGAAUAACCCCGGUGACCAGGAGAAGAUGGUGCAGCUGGUGAUUGGGGCCCAGGCAGUGUACUACAAUGGAGUCCAUGCCACUGACCUCUGGAGGAAGAAACUGUCCUUGAGGCUCAGUGCCAACCAGGUUAAGAAAAUAACCACCAGCCUGUCCUUCUCCUCUUUUGAGCAAAACCUGCCUGAGAACAGCUGCCUCAGACUCACCUCAGUGGCCACGCACUCUGCCUCCAGCCUGAGCUGCUUUGCUCAGGAGGACGUUGCCAUUAGGAGACCACACCUUAUCGUUGAGAUGCCAGAAGUAGCAAAGCAGCAUCAAUGUCUCAGGGCCUCAGUCAGGAUCCAUAACUCCCUGGACUUCCCUAUGAAGGACUGUGAGGUCUCCAUCUUUGGAAAGGGGCUCAUUCACCGAGAGAGGAGAUACAGAUUAAGUCCAGUGCGGCCUGGAGAAACUUUGCGCACCUGGUUCCAGUUCACACCAGCCCAGCUGGGGCUUCACAGACUCACUGUGGAAAUGGACUGCGACAUGUUCCAGAACCUAACCGGCCACAAAAGUGUCACUGUGGUAGCCCCUGAGCUUUCGGCUUAAACUUCUAGCUCCACCACAAUCUUGAAACCAACUCUUAAAACUACAACCCAAAACUGAACACACGAUGGGGAAGGAAACCUUGCUUAUUGGACAAAUGAGUCUUUAGGUUGAGUAACCAACAACAAAGCUAGAUCCCCAAAAUCCAGAUAAUGAUGCUCAUUUCUGUCACCUCAGACACUGGACUAGCUGUCUUAGAAUAAAAGCUACAAGGCUUGAGCAACAAAAGCUUUUGAAAGGUACACAGUAACUUUUCAAAAUACAUGUAGAGUUUCUGAGUACCUUGUCAGAGUACAGACUGCUCAGGUUCAGGGUUUUUCAACCAUUUUCUUGUUCCUUAACUACUCGAAGAGAUAAGGCCUAAUACAGUAUUUAAAGCAUUCAUCUAUUUCUGAUAAAGUGGGAUAUUAGCUAACAGUGAAACUUGUAAAUUAUCCUGCCAUUACAGUGACUAGUCCUCUCUCUGAACACAUCCUUAAAGAUUCAAAGAUAACUGAACAAAGGUACAAAAUACACAACAUAGGAUCAGAAAGCAAAAUGAUCUAGUUAGCUGCAGACAAACUUAUACUAGAGUUCUCUGUUCAUUCAAGAUCCCACAACUAGUGUCUGAUGCUAGUAACAUAAAUCUGGCCCCAGCAGAAAAUACAAAUAUCAACUAUACAGAAUACAUGUCCAAUACAAAAGGAUAAAGAAUAGUUUUCUUUUUUUAACAAAGCAAGAAUUUUUGUUAUUGUUGUUUACAUUACUCUGUUGCUUUGGCAUUCCACUAGUUUGAUUUUAGUUCUAUCUCUUUAUGACAUUUGUUUAAAGCACAGGAUGGUGCUUUAACAACAGUAGGUCAAGGGCCGG